CACCGAACUGAAGAAGUUGUACUGCCAGAUUGCCAAGACGUGUCCCAUCCAGAUCAAAGUGAUGACUCCACCACCUCAGGGAGCUGUCAUCAGGGCUAUGCCAGUCUACAAGAAAGCCGAACAUGUCACCGAGGUGGUCAAACGCUGCCCGAACCACGAGCUGAGCCGGGAGUUCAACGAGGGGCAGAUUGCACCUCCCAGCCACCUGAUCAGGGUAGAAGGAAACAGCCAUGCCCAGUAUGUAGAAGACCCCAUCACCGGGAGACAGAGUGUGCUGGUCCCCUACGAGCCACCUCAGGUCGGUACAGAGUUCACAACAGUCUUGUACAACUUCAUGUGUAACAGUAGCUGCGUGGGAGGUAUGAACCGUCGCCCGAUCCUCAUCAUUGUCACACUGGAAACCCGAGACGGGCAAGUCUUGGGGCGCCGCUGUUUCGAAGCCCGGAUUUGCGCUUGCCCAGGCAGGGACCGCAAGGCAGACGAGGACAGCAUCCGCAAGCAGCAAGUCUCCGACAGCACAAAGAAUGGUGAUGGUACGAAGCGCCCUUUUCGACAAGGAACUCAUGGCAUACAGAUGACAUCCAUCAAAAAAAGACGGUCCCCAGAUGAUGAGCUCUUAUACUUGCCUGUGAGGGGACGGGAGACGUAUGAAAUGCUACUAAAGAUCAAAGAGUCCCUGGAACUAAUGCAGUACCUUCCCCAGCACACGAUUGAGACCUACCGGCAGCAGCAGCAGCAGCAGCACCAGCACUUGCUCCAGAAGCAGACCUCCAUGCAGUCACAGUCAUCCUACGGCUCCAACUCUCCACCGCUCAGCAAAAUGAACAGCAUGAACAAGCUGCCCUCGGUCAGCCAGCUAAUUAACCCCCAGCAGCGCAACGCCCUGACCCCUACCACCAUCCCUGACGGCAUGGGAACCAACAUUCCCAUGAUGGGCACCCACAUGGCCAUGACCGGCGACAUGAAUGGCCUCAGCCCCACGCAGGCGCUGCCUCCCCCCCUCUCCAUGCCUUCAACAUCCCACUGCACCCCCCCUCCUCCAUACCCCACAGACUGCAGCAUCGUCAGCUUCUUAGCGAGGUUGGGCUGCUCAUCCUGUGUGGAUUAUUUCACGACCCAGGGGCUGACCACCAUCUAUCAGAUUGAGCAUUACUCCAUGGAUGAUCUGGUGAGCCUCAAGAUCCCGGAGCAGUUCCGCCAUGCCAUCUGGAAGGGUAUCCUGGACCACCGGCAGCUCCAUGACUUCUCCUCCCCUCCCCACCUCCUGCGCACCCCCAGCGGUGCCUCCACCGUCAGCGUGGGCUCCAGCGAGACGCGGGGGGAGCGGGUCAUCGACGCCGUCCGCUUCACGCUCCGGCAGACCAUUUCCUUCCCGCCCCGUGACGAGUGGAACGACUUCAACUUCGACAUGGAUGCCCGGCGCAACAAACAGCAACGCAUCAAGGAGGAAGGGGAGUGAGCCCCGUGAACCCCGCUCCACCCCGCCUCGGCCGCAAACUGCUCAGCCCUUCGUUUGUCUUCCUUCUGCUUGGUACUGCACCCCUGGACAAAGGGCAGGGGGAACCUUCUUGCUCCCUCAUGCUAGGUUUUGCCCUUGACGCUGUCUAGGUCAUACUCCUGGACUGCGACCUCCACCCCAGCUCUUGCAAGGGGAAGAGUGAAGGGGGAAGGCGGGUGGUGUUUCCUUCAAAGCCGUUGACCUUCUCAAGAAGGCGUUGUUCUUAUUUUAUGUUUUCCUUUGGGGAGAGGGCUUCUUUUCUUGACUUCUGAAUCCUCACACACCUUGUGGACAUCCUGACCUGGAAACUUGUCUCUUAUCCAGCAAUCCCACUUUGAAAAGCAGGAAGGUUCGAUUCAAUUUUUAAAAA